UCUUCGUUUGUUUGAAAAAUGCCAGGCGAGCGAGUCCCUUUUAUAUGUGCCGCGCGUUUUGGAGCUUUGUGCUUCGCCCCCACCCAAUAUUUGCAAUGGCUGCCCCAUGCGACGCAUUAUUCGCUCAGGACACCCCCCCCUACCCCCGGAAUGACCAACUAUAUUACGCACAAUUUUAUCGGGGGUUCUUGUUGCCUUAUUCGCUCGCUUGCGUGGUCGCUCGCUGUCUCCGCACAAGAACAUACCCUCGGGGGGAAAAGGCAGCUACAAAUAGCACUCGGGUGCAACAGGCAAAAGCGGAGGAAAAUUAUUGUGGAUGCGUCCAUGAUAACUGGCAAGAGGGCAAUAAAAGAAAAGCACCAUUUGCGGGACUGCUCUGUUUCCCCAUUGUGUGGCUACUUUCCAAAAUUAGCCAAUCACAGAAAAGUUAUCAAUGUACUGAUGAUGGCUGCUGAUACGAAAC